AUGAUAUUCAAUUCCCCUCAAACUCAUUAUACUCAAUUGUAUCAAAAUGAUAAACAACAACCUAAAAAUAUAGGCCAUAAAAAUAUCUUAACAGAAGAGAUUCCAAAGAAUUAUGAUAACAAACAUGAAGAAAUAUCAGCUUCUACUAUAGAUUCCAUAUUGGAUGAACAAAUUAUUCCAUCCCCUCCAUUAUCACCAACUUUGAAUUCCAAAACAAAUAUUGAUUCAAAUCCCUAUUAUAAUUUAGAGUAUGACUCAAUGGAAAAUGAAAUAAAAAGAUUAGAUGAUGACAUAGAUGUGUUUUAUUUGACUCCUUCAUGGUUGGAAGGAAUGUCAAUGGAUGAACACAAUAAAGCAAUGAUAGAUUUCUUGUCGCAAUAUAAAGUGUUUCAUCAUUUGAGAAAUAUUGGUAAGUCUGGAUAUAAUUUUAAAGCAAAAAGGAAUUCCACUGCAAACUUUCCAAAUAGGAGGCACCAUAAAACUAGUGUAACGUUUUCACCUUCAUCUUCAUCUUCAUCUACAGAACCAAUUUCUUCCUCUUAUAAUUUAAGACACAAAAGAAACAAAAAGGGCAAGGCUACGAACGAGGAACUAGACGAUUUACCUCUUAUUACACACACUCCAAGAAGGAAUAUUAUGGCAAAAAGGAAAAGAACAUCAAAAACAGCUCCAUCUCACCAUCAUUCGAACGUUAAAUUCAAGAGAAAUCCAUUUAGGUAUCACUCUACACCUGCGGGAACUUCCAACCAACAACAUUUAGCAUCAUUUGAGAUAAUUUCUAAAGUCCCACAAUAUAUCCCAAAUGAAUCAUGGAAAUUAAUACCCAAUUAUUGUCCAUCAACAUCGGAAAUACCACAAACAAAUAUAAACUGUUUAAAGAUAGAAUGGAAAGGUUCACCAAUGGAUCUCUCCAAUGAUCCAUUAAAGGAACAAUUACAUCCAGCUGAAUUGAAAUUAGCUGAAAUAUUAAGGUUACCAUGUGAUUUGUAUUUGGAUUCCAAGAGAAGAUUAUUCUUAGAGAAAUUUUAUAGGUUUAAAAAUGGAUUGCCAUUCAGAAGAACAGAUGCUCAAAAAGCUUGUAAAAUUGAUGUUAAUAAAGCUUCUAGAUUAUAUGCCGCUUUUGAGAAAAUCGGCUGGUUUAAUGAUUCGCAGUUUGGCAAAUUUAUUACAUAA